AUGUCGAAGAAGAACGUCGUGAUCGUCGGUGGUGGCAGCGUGGGCACUGCCGUGGCACGCGAGCUGUCGGCCAAGCUGGACGCGUCCAAGUACAGCAUCACGCUCAUCAACGACCGGCCGUACUUCGUCUUCCUCGUCGCCGGCGCGCGCCUCACGGUCACGGCCGCGGACAAGCUCGAGGACACCGCGCUCAUCCCGUACGACAAGCUGUUCCACAACGGGAACGGGACGGUCAAGAUCGGGAAGGUCGUGUCGAUCUCUGAGGGCGCGGCCGGGAAGGGCGGGGAGGUCGCGCUCGAGAACGGCGAGCGCAUAUCGUACGCGUCGCUCGUGCUCGCGACGGGCAGCGUGUGGCCGGGCGCGCUGAACUUCCCCGAGCACGACGACGAGGUGCGCGCGCACAUCAAUUCGUGGAGGAGCAAGUACGAGAAGGCGAAGCAUGUGGUUAUUGUGGGUGGCGGUGCCGUUGGACUUGAGACCGCUGGAGAGAUCAAGGACACUUGGCCGACUAAGAAAGUCACUGUUGUCCACAGCGAGAAGCUGCUCGUCAACGAUACCUACCCAGACAAGUUCCGCAAGGACAUCGAGCGCCGCGCACGCGCCAAAGGCAUCGAGUUCAUCCUUGGGGACAAGCUUGACGUCCCUCCCGAGGGCACUGUGGGCGUCACGACGCGUAACGGCAAGAAGAUUCCGGACGCCGACCUAGUGGUCCCUUCGUACGGCGCGCGCCCGAACACGGACUUCAUCUCCACGCUCGGCCAGAACGUCGUGACGGCCAAGGGAACCGUACGCGUGAACGAGUUCCUUGAGGUGCCCGGGCACCCGGGCGUGUUCGCGGGCGGCGACAUCAUCGACUGGGAGGAGCAGAAGCAGGCUGCGAAGGCAGGCACGCACGCGCAGGUCAUCAUCGCGAACGUGACCAGCUUCCUCGAGGGCAAGCCGCUCAAGAAGGCGUACAAGGGCAGCCCAGAGCUCAUCAUCAUUCCCAUCGGAAAGACUGGCGGUGCCGGUUACAUGGGUUUCCUGUGGGGUAUCCUUGUGGGCGGCUGGUUUGCACGGACGGUGAAGGGGAAGACCUUGAUGAUUCCGCAGGCUCGCGCAGGCCUUGGGUACUGA